AUCCACAGGCCCAGUUCCAACUCAACCCCUAGACCCAAAGGGCCCAGUCCCAACUCAACCCCUAGACCCAAAGGAUCGAGUCCCAACUCAACCCCUAGACCCAAAGGGCCCAGUCCCAACUCAACCACUAGACCCACAGGGCCCAGUCCCAACUCAACCCCUAGACCCAGAGGGUCCAGUCCCAACUCAACCCCUAGACCCAAAAGGCCCAGUCCCAACUCAACCCCUAGCCCCAAAGGGCCCAGUCCCAACUCAACCCCUAGACCCAAACGGUCCAGUCCCAACUCAACCCCUAGACCCAAAAGGCCCAGUCCCAACUCAACCCCUAGCCCCAAAGGGCCCAGUCCCAACUCAACCCCUAGACCCAAAGGACCCAGUUCCAACUCAACCCCUAGACCCAACGGGUCCAGUCCCAACUCAACCCCUAGACCCAACGGGUCCAGUCCCAACUCAACCCCUAGCCCCAGACAGUACAAGACAUUGAGACACAGCCCAUCUCGUAUCCCUUAA